GAAAAAGAAAAAAGAAAAAAAGCCCAUUAAAAACAAAACAAAAAGAAAAAAUAAAAAUAAAAAUAAAAUCAGUAUUCUCAGUGUUGAAUGUUCUGCAAGCCAACAUCUUCUUCAGUCGAAUCAAACUGUGAUAAGUUGACCAAGUAGAGAUGGAAGACAUUCUAACAGAAAUCCCACCACCGUCAAGGUUCUUUUUGGAAGAUCUGAACAACUUUUGUCCUCCGUCUCCUCCUCUUCCCUCUCCAUUCCUGUUGUUUUCAACUCCUAAGCGGGAGAAAUACUCUCGUCCGUCUCUCCUCAUCAUCGCCAUGUCUUCUCCGUCACUUCAAGUAUUUCAUCACGUGUCCUCCAAAACCCUUGUUGGAACUCUUAUCCUUCCCGAAAUCCCAUUCUCUGGCAAUUCAGUUGAACCCUCUCUUAAAGACAAGUCAUGCAAUAUAUAUGCCCUGAAUGAAGACGAUAACUUGAUUAUGAUCGUGUCUGUACAAUAUCCAGUUACUGCAGAGAGAUCUCAUGCAGUUGCGAAGCUACUGAUUGGAGAACAGAUUAUCCCGGAAAAGGUCUUAAUUUUGGAUUCCAUUCGAAGUUCUAAUUUUAGAGGAAGACUUUCACCCGAUGAAGCAUUUGCAUUUAAGCUGGAAUCAUCCGCAGAAAGAAAAGCAAACGCACCAUUGGUAAAAUGCGCAGACUAUCUUCCAUCAGGAAGUGUUGUGGAUGGCUUGGCAGCAGCUUUAUUGAGCCGAUGCCAGUUAAACAAGAUAAGAGGAACGCUGUGUGUUUCAUGGCCUGAAGUCGGUGUUUCAGUUAUAUCACUUGUUAAGUCUCUACUGCUCAAGGAUGUCCUCUCCUGUGUGAAGAAUAUCGACAUGAAGAAACUCGAGGAGGAAUUUCUAAAAUUAGGCCGGAGUAAGGAUUUCCUUCUUGAUUCUGAACUCUAUACAUGAUGUCUCUGGCCCUUGUUCCGGGUACCAGUAUCGCGUUGUUCCUCCUUUUUUGGUAAGAUCGUUCCAAUGAAGUUCGAAUAGAGCAAUAUUUUCAUCAUCUCCUGGAUUUUACCAGCUGGACAUGGUUUACCAUGCCAGAUCCAUUUUAUGUUUAACAGCUACUUUAGAGUGAUUUUCUAAUGUGUUUAGAUUGUGUCCAUUGAGUUCAUGGACUUGAAUGGUCAGUGUAUGAAACAUUAUAAACUUAGGCACUUUGAGAGAAGUUUCUUUACUUAAUAUUUUGGGAACUAAACUUUGGCGAAAUUUGUUAUAACACGCCUCACCUUUGUGGGGGUCCUAUGAACCCCCUCGACUAUGUAUUUCCGUAUUCAGGGAAAAUAUUUUGAACCUUCAAUCUGA